ACAUCAAGCCUGGUUGUUUUCCAUAAUCUUCUAUUGCUAGCCAUAUCAGGUGUCAAGAGAGCCCGGGUUGCAAUUGACGACGACGAAGAACAACCAUCAGUCCAUGUGGUUUAUUCUUCUUUAACAAGAGAGAGCAAACAAAAGCUUGGGGAGCUACUCCAGCAGUGGACAGAAUGGCAUGCUAAACAUUCUCCUCCUUGUUAUGAUACAAAGAAGGUGCUCGAAUCUGGUGAAGAGAUGUAUCUUCCUGCUCUUUGUGUUGAUCGAGAUAAUAAGCCUUCUGCAGUGUUUUUUUGGAUGGACAACCAACAGAGAAGCCAACCGGACAAUGAAUCCACUCAAUUGGAUUUGAAUAGCACUUCUGUUCCACUCUAUGAUCGUGCAUACACUUUUGGUUUGACUUCACCUGAUGGUUUUAGUGAUAUGGACAGGCAUUCUGAAAUAUCCAAUUUUCGGUGUUUCAAUUGUGCUUCAUACAACCAUUCCUUGAAGGAUUGCCCAAAGCCUCGUGACAGUGUUGCAGUAAACACUGCUCGUGAAAAGCACAAUGGCCAGCGAAGUAAAAAUGCAAGUUCACGUAGCCUAACCCGUUACUAUCAGGACUCUCCUAGAGGAAAAUAUGACGGUUUAAAGCCUGGAAUCCUUAAUGCUGAAACACAGAAACUUCUUGGCCUUGGGGAGCUUGAUCCGCCUCCUUGGCUUAACAGAAUGCGAGAAUUAGGAUAUCCACCUGGUUAUUUAGAUGAAGAGUUAGAGGACAAGCCUUCGGGGAUUACAAUUUUUGAUGAGAAUGAAAUCGACAAAGAAGGGGAAGGAGGAGAAAUCAGGGGAUCUUCAGCCAAUUCAGAGCAGUCAAGGAAAAAGAGUGUUGGAUUCCCAGGAAUAAAUGCACCAUUACCGGAAAAUGCUGACCUAAAUAGAUGGGCUGCUGGAGGGACUUCCAGAUUUGAUUCAGCGGGACUUCAGCAGGCAGACAUGAGGCAUAAUAACUCAUUUGAAGCCGCCAUUAAAAGAGAUUUUUACCAUGAAGAAAGACGUCCUAGGGAGGAUGAAGGGCCUCCUGGUUGUGAGUCGACGGCACUUAACCCCGAUUUGUUUGGCUAUCCACAUAGUAUGUUGUACCAUAGACAUGAAUACUUGGCCCCGGAAUCCAUUAGUAGGGCCCAUUACCUUGAAGAAAGAUUGUCAAGGAGGAGGGAUAUAAGAGACGUGGGACUGCCACCUCCGCCUGGCUGUGAACCCACCAGAUACUUUGUUGGUGGUGGCUAUGAUUUGAAUCAUACACCUGAGGAGCCCAGGAGAGACAGUCGUCAUGGAGGAUUAUGGUUUAGGGAUUUAAGAGAUGAAGAAGGUCCUCCUGGAGGGUGCGAGCCAGGUUUUAGCCCGAGCCUAUCUGGGAGGUAUUUGUUCAAUUACAGGUAAAGAAGAAGUUGGGUAAUGUAGAAAACGUCAAGUCUGUUGGCAGUGAUGAGAAAAGCUUCUUGCCAAGAAAUUGUGAAGAUGAUGAUGAUGAUGAUGAUAUGGUUUGGUUUGGGGGCUUAACAGUGGACUGGGGGGGAGGGGCAUUGAUGAUGAUUUUAGUCAGUUUUAUCAAUUGUUUUAGGCUGAAAUAUUUGCAUUAAUUUUUUUAUUGUUAUUAGUUCAAAUGGCAUAAUUAUUGGAACUAAAACUAGCAAGAAUCUGAAAGUUCUAGAAUAAGUC